CAAUCAUUUUGGGUUUGGUCCAUGGAACAUUAAUGAAUCAUCGUAUCUGAAGCGCACRGAUGCAUUAUCCAUCAAUUGCGCAUCGAUAGUAGGUACACCAGGUAUCGAAAGAGCAAACAUACAACAAAAGUUGAUUGAUUUAUCAUAAAAAGCCAGCUCAUCAAUUCUUUUCUUAACGAAUGCGGUUAGAUAUGGUGAAACUUGCCUUGCACUCGAUGCUGUUGGCAGCAUCGAUUAMUCYACCUAUGAGCCAAGGCGUUAAAAUUGCAUUUGUAGGAGAUACAGGAAUGGAUGGUAGGUGWACGAGUACUCCAGAGAGAUCCAAACACUUAUUUUCAAAAACACUUUUCUCUCGGUUAUUGAAUCCUCAUUAAUACUGCAAAUCUCGCCAAUUUUCACUUUUCAGACCCAGAGUACAAUGGAUACGGCCAUCUCACCAUGAGCAUGAUYGAGGACGAAAGCGUAGAUCUUGUUGUUGACGUUGGAGACUUUGAUUAUUGGGGACGCUGCACAGAGACAUAUGAAGUAAAGAGCCCCACAGCGAUACGUUCGUUGUCGGGAGAGAACAUGGAAGUACCUUCCAACUCAGUUGUGAAACGCGUCACAUGGCAAGAYGGAAGCCACGGGUCCAUCGCAGGAUGGCAGRUUGGAAUAAAGCUSGACGAUGAAUCUACUGCGAAGCCGAACACAGUCACCCUGGAUGACGAAUUGUUUCAGCUCCACACCAUUUCAGAUAAGACAUGGGAAAAUCUAAGUGACAACAUUGAACUCAAAGCUGGAGAGCAAGAUUGCGAAGGCGAGCCCUGGGAUGGUGCGUACUCACUUUUUUCGAAUCCGUUAACAAGAAGCAGAAUGACUUUGUUUUCGAAGUUUAUCCUUUCUAACAAUUCUCAUCGAUCCUCGACCAGGCGCKUGGGAAUGGAAUAAAUUUGUUAGCGAUUACUCGUUCGACUUUCUAGGUGCAUCUGGAAACGCAGAAGUCAAAGAUGCGCCAGAAUACGGUGAGUGGGUAUUAUGCACRUAACAGAAAUUUUAUCUCAUAGAUGCACGAUACGAGCUUGUUGGACGACGUUGCAUAAAAUUUAUUGUUGUUCUCAUACUUAAUAAAUUUGGGUACAACUUGUUCAUCCUCGGAAUACGUUCAAUACUGAAUUCCACUGUGCCACCAGGAAGUAYGGAAAUUUGGGCUACUCACCAACAGUAUAUGCACAGAUUGUACAUGGAGCGUAUCUACAACAAAAAACGAGGUGCAUGUCAUGGAUACUCUAACCAGACCGAGCCCGGAGCGGUGAACGAGUAUGGUGAACGAUUUUCAUGCUACUACAAUAACAAUAGUGGGAAGGAGGACUUUCAAUUCCUCUUUUUAGGUUGGUGGCAGGGCAGCAACGAACGCACAGACAAUAAAUCCAAGGAAAAUCGUAAGAAGACUAUUGAGUUCAUUGAGCGGGAAUUCAGUGACGAACGCAGCAAAAACGUCCGUUGGCGUUUUUGCAUUCACCACAUGGUAAGCACAUUUCCUAGCGUUGCAAUUUCAUAAGAAAUUUGUGGGGGAAUAAAAAUAUCUAACACCAUACUCGGUUCCCAUAUUUCUCUAGACCUCUGCUAAACUAUCAGGUGGUGGAAAAAAUAGGGACAUCAUGGUCUUAGCUGAUAUAACAGAUGCGUGUCGACAACAUGGUGCAAUCAUCAUGUCGGGCCACAACCAUGUAUAUAGUCGUACAAAAAUGUUAAAAAGCGUGGGAACGGAAAGCGGUGACGAUCCAGUACCGAUCAAUCCUACCAACACAGAUAAUUCAAUGCUCGUUGUAACAGAGGGUCGAACCAUGUCGAUCACUACUGGUAUGGGCGGGUACGACGGAUCUUGUAAUGGAAUUUACCGGAAUGCAACCUGGAUGGAGAAGUGCAUAGCACGCGGCAGUGACCACCGCGGAGCCGUAAUCGCAGAGUUUGACGAAGACGAUACGCGGCUUGGAACCUUUCGGUAUAUGAACUCGUUGAUGGAUGGAAAAGUAGUGGAUGAAUUUCAAAUAUUUAGCAAGCUAUCUGGUUCGAAAGCCCCAUCACGGAAACCGACUCGAAAGCCAACUCGAAAGCCAACGCGAAAGCCAACUCGGAAGCCAACACCUACACCAACUCCAGCAGCAUCCGCACCAGCACCAGCACCAGCACCCGCGCCUGUACCCGCACCAGCACCCUCGCCUAUACCCGUACCUGCACCCGUACCUGCACCCGUACCUGCACCCGUACCUGCACCGGCGCCCGUAUCCGCACCCAUAACCAUACCCACGCUCGCACCAAAAUCUUCCCCAACCACAGAACCAGAAGUUCCAGAAGCAUCUGAACCAMAGAAAGAGCUUUCAGACGAAGAGUGCGUUUCGGUCGGUAAGUUCGUUCGAUUCAUUUGGCUGCGCAAUGCUUGUCCGACUGCAUUUAGCCUUUCGGCUAUGGUCUCUCAUUCCAUUGCCGCGCCUUUUUCAAUGGAACCUUUUCACAACCACAGUCGAUCAUUUGUGCAGCGACGCCAGCUUUUCAAAGUUCUGUGAAUUGAUCAAGGAGUUCGAUUUGGUCGACUCCUUCUUGCCAAAGUCGGAUGGUGUUCUGACCGUAUUUGCACCCACCAACGGGGCGUUCGAAGCGCUGGAAGACAACGAAGAAUUUGGCCCUGGUGCCCUAACCGAUUCCCAGUCGAUAUAUGUUCUCUUGUAUCACGUAAUCAAUACAACAGAAACUGCCCUCCAUUUUGACGACCUCGAAUGCAACACACUGAUCAAAACAGCGAACGGRAGAAGCACCCGAACAAAGUGCGCCGGCGAUGCGAAGUACCAGAGGGGACCGAUGCAGAUGGACGACAAACUCCCAGAGAUCGUUGUGCCGGACAUCCGGGCCUGCAGCGGUGUCAUCCACGUGGUAGACAACGUCGUGUUGCCCAACCUCAGCAAGAUGAACAAACCCGAACGUACCCCGAAACCCAMCCCGAAACCCACGUUCAUCUCCUUGUCCAAACCGUUGGGAACGGUGGCACUGAAGCCCCCACCAGAGCCCUCCGGCGCGUUGGUAGAAAGUGGCAGGAAGCCCACGCUKCGAGCGGAACUCGAAUCCUUGGCCGAGGAAUUCCGRAAAGGAUGGUGACGAAACAAGACGAUCACAGCACCGCGGCAACUCCGUGAAGAAAAUGAAAAAMAUCGAAAUCGGAAGAAGCCAGAGUCGGUUCUCCGCUCAAACCAGCAACSGCAGAAAAUGAACCAUUUGUUAUUUA